AUGAGCAACAGCAACAACAUGUACCCCUCGGUUCCCUCAGCACCGACCGAAGAGGGCGAGGGCAUGGAGCCGACCAAGGUGUACCCGCCGUUGCAGGCCGUUUCCGGGGAGGCGUACGCAAUGCCCCCACCGCCUGCCUACAGCGAACAGGCGCCCAUUCUUCAGAAUGUCCCUCAGCCGGCCACGCAAACUACAAUUGUAAUUGCCGACAACCUGCCGGCCAAGUCGAUUCCCAUGAAGUGCUACUACUGCAAUGAAGACAUCACCACCAAAAUUGAGUCCAAGACAACCGUCGUCUCUUGGCUCCUGUGCUCGCUGCUUUGCAUUUUUGGAUGCUUUUGUGGCUGCUGUCUCAUUCCACUGAUGUGUUCCAAUGGAUCAAAAGACAUUCUACACUACUGCCCGAAAUGCAAGAAGUACCUCGGCUGCCAUGAACGAGUUCGCUUUGGCCGCUUCAGCCGCAACUAA